CGUAAGCGCAGAGCAAAAUUUUGUACUCGUGUCGACUGUCGAAGACGGAGUGCAGUGGAGCAAGUUUCUGGUUUCGUCUGCAAACGUGCCGAGUUAAAGCCUCCUCGAAGGCUCAAACGUUUCUCGUUUCCACCCGGUUUGCACCGGAUGUUGGAAUUGUUUUUCACGAGCAUCCUCGCCAGCGGAUCCGAGAGGACAUCGAAGGGCAGAUUGAAUUGAACAGCUAAACAUUCGAGCACCUGGAAUAUUUGAGAAUGAGCGUCGACGCGUACGGGCCCUCCAGCCAGACCCUCACCUUCCUGGACACGGAAGAGGCAGAUUUAAUUGGAGCAGACACCCAGGGCAGCGAGUUCGACUUCACCGACUUCACGUUGCCCAGUCAAACAAGUCAGACACAGGAUGCCCAGAGCCAACAGAGCCAGCCAGUGCAGGUCAAUGGGACCAGCGGGACGUCGUCUUUGGAGCUGAAAAUAUCGGGAGCGGCACAAAGUCUCGCUGAAUUGCAGUUUGAGGAAGAGGAGGAGGAGGCAUAUUACAAUCGUGAUUUGCCGGAACACGCGUGUAAAUACUGCGGUAUUCAUGAGGCAUCUUGCGUCGUAAUGUGUAAUGUUUGCCGAAAAUGGUUCUGCAACGGACGCGGAAAUACCUCGGGCUCGCACAUCAUCAAUCAUCUGGUACGAGCAAAACACAAGGAAGUCACAUUGCACAGAGAUGGGCCCCUGGGUGAAACAGUUCUCGAGUGUUAUUCUUGUGCAGUGAGGAAUGUUUUUGUCCUGGGAUUUAUACCCGCAAAAGCAGACUCGGUUGUCGUUCUACUCUGUCGACAACCGUGCGCCGCACAAAGUUCUCUCAAAGACAUGAACUGUGGAAGCAGUGGAAUUUGUUUAAGAGAGAAGGAGAAUAUAAACUUACCGAUCGAAACUCGUGCUUUUCCAGAUGAAAUCGACGACAAAAUUGCUGACGCACUCGGUGGGCGCGCCCGAAUUAUUCUUGAGCUCAAUGCCCACUUCCUCGCCAUAAUUGUCCGGAAUUUUGAUGACAUGUCCAAUGCCCGACCAGGGCUUGUGCAGCUCGCCGAGAUAGCGCAGUCGCAACUCGUCGCCGUGCAUCAGCUUCAUGUCGCCGUCGGUCUUGGCCAGCAUAAAGUAGGCGAUCGUCUUCUUGUUGAGGCCAACGUCCCAGCGCACCUCAAUGUUCUCCUGUGUCUGCGACUCCUUCAGUCGCUUGUCGUAGUCCGCCUCGAGCUUGACCAGCGGUCCAAAGAUAUUCUGAUACUGGUAGCCGUCCUCGUAGCGCAGCAGCACCUGCUGCGGCUCCUCGUCGACUCCCGGCUUCUCCAGGUCCUGGAAGGUCGCGUCCACAUUGUCGCGCCACAACUCCUCGAGUUUGUUGAUCUGCUGGGCCGAGAUCUGGCGGGCGCGCAGCUGCUCCUGCUCCGAGGGGAUCUUCACCAGCCAGGCGAGGAAACUACGAAACGCACGAGUUUCGAUCGAAUGCAACUCGCGCUGCGAAAAUUUGCAGUGGACGACUCGUCGGUAUCAGCCUACAUUUAUCAUCGACUCUUGGGCCACGAAGUCGAGGAAGUCCUCUUUCGUUGUCACCUUCCGAAACACUUUAGCGCGCCAAAUUUGCCGGAUUUAAAUCGCUCGCAAGUCUACGCCGUGAAACACGCCGUGCAGAGGCCCUUGUCGCUAAUUCAAGGACCUCCCGGCACCGGGAAAACGGUCACGAGUGCGACAAUAGUUUAUCAACUCGUCAAGCAAAACGGCGGUCCCGUCCUUGUGUGCGCGCCCUCAAAUACAGCCGUUGACCAGCUCACGGAGAAGAUUCACAAGUCAAAUCUCAAGGUUGUCCGACUCUGUGCGAAGUCUCGCGAGGCGAUCGACUCGCCGGUGAGUUUUCUCGCGCUGCACAAUCAAAUCAAGAAUAUGGAGACGAACACGGAACUGCAGAAGCUUCAGCAAUUGAAGGACGAGACGGGCGAGCUCUCGAGCGUUGAUGAGAAACGCUACCGACUGUUGAAGAAAGCGGCUGAGAAGGAGUUGCUCGAGGCGGCUGAUGUGAUUUGCUGUACUUGUGUUGGUGCCGGGGAUCCGCGACUUCAUCGGCUCAAGUUCCACUCGAUUUUAAUUGACGAGAGUAUGCAGGCAACCGAGCCGGAAUGCAUGGUUCCGGUCGUUUUGGGCGCGAAACAGUUGAUUCUUGUUGGGGAUCAUUGUCAGCUCGGUCCAGUUGUGAUGUGCAAAAAAGCGGCGCGAGCUGGCCUAUCACAGUCAUUGUUUGAGCGACUCGUUGUCCUUGGAAUCCGACCUUUCCGGCUUGAAGUUCAGUAUCGAAUGCAUCCCGAUCUCUCGCGAUUUCCCUCGAAUUUCUUCUACGAGGGCUCGCUGCAGAAUGGCGUCUGUGCGGAUGAGCGGAAGCUGCUGAAGAUUGAUUUUCCCUGGCCGGCACCCGACAAACCAAUGUUCUUCUAUGUGACGCAGGGUCAGGAAGAAAUUGCGGGCAGUGGCACGUCCUAUCUGAAUCGUACCGAGGCCUCGAAUGUGGAGAAGAUAACGACGCGAUUUUUGCGCUGUGGCGUGAAGCCCGAGCAGAUUGGAGUGAUCACGCCCUAUGAGGGCCAGCGGGCGUAUUUGGUGCAGUAUAUGCAGUAUCAGGGAUCGUUGCACGCGAAAUUGUAUCAGGAGAUCGAGGUGGCGAGUGUUGACGCAUUCCAGGGUCGGGAGAAGGAUAUUAUUAUCAUGUCGUGUGUGAGGUCGAACGAGCACCAGGGAAUCGGAUUCUUGAAUGAUCCGCGACGAUUGAAUGUCGCGUUGACUCGGGCCAAGUAUGGAAUUAUCAUUGUCGGGAAUCCGAAGGUGCUCUCGAAGCAGCCGCUCUGGAAUCAUCUGUUGAGUUUCUACAAGGAGCAGAAGGUGCUGGUCGAGGGGCCGCUGAACAAUCUCAAAGAGUCGAUGAUCCAGUUUGCGAAGCCGAAGAAACUGGUGAAUGCGGCGAAUCCCGGCUCGCAUUUCAUGUCGACGUCGAUGUAUGACGCGCGAGAGGCCCUGAUUCCGGGCUCGGUUUAUGACAGAUCGGGGGGCGCGGGACAGAUGAAUGGCACGCAGAAUAAUAAUCACAGUAAUCCGUACUAUCAUCAUCAUCAUCAGCGGAAUGUGCCGCUGGACAUCUUCAGUCGGACGCAUGACACGAUCAGUUACAUCAGUCCGGAGCGUGCGCAGGCGGCGAUGAACAAUGUGCCGGUGCCGGUGGGAAUGUUCAUGAAUAUGGCGCAUGUUCCGCCAAGAUUCUACAAUCAGCAUCAGCAGGCGUUGCAGGCGAAGCAGAAUCAGCGCAAUCGGCGUGGUGUCACGGGGGCGGGCACUCUGAAGAGCAGCAACAAGUCGGGCCCGCGAAUGGGGAAAUUGAGUCAGACGGAGCAGAAUACGCAGCCGUAUAGUCAGCCGGGGCUGCCUCUGACGCAGGGCACAACGCAGGGUAUGUCACAGCCGGGUUUCAGUCUCUCGCAACCUGGACUUUCGCAGGCGGAACUCUCGCAGGACUCGUUCGCCGUCGGAGAAUUCCAGUCACAGAUGGACGGACUCCUGUCCCAGGACUCGACGUAUCAGGGCGACCGAAGCGGCUUCUACCAGUCGGGCCAGUCGCAGGCCGGAGGUCAGUUCUCCCAGCCCUACUGAGCCGAAAGCAUACGGCUGAGCAAUGCAUUCGCCAUGCAGUGUCGCGGGAGCGACUGAAGGCUCGUUCGACCAAUUCUUCUUCGUCCAACAACAAAUACAUCACUAACUGCGCAAAACGGUAAAACGGCUGGCUCGGCGAUCGAGUACGGUAUUAUCAAAGUGCAUGAGGUCGUCGUCGGCGUCGUCAAAGAGGGGUUAUACUAAAUCGCCGUCGUCGUCGUCGUCGUCAAUGGAAAAACAACCAAAACUGUUGUUCAUUCAUUCAUUCUCAUUCAUACUUUCAUUCAUUCAUUCAUGCGUCAAUGAUGAUUGAGGAGGCGAAAAACACCACCAGCUGAAUGGAAACAGCAAACGAAUUUACUUGACACGCGCUUACCGUGAGCGGACCGUUUUAUCGCGGGUUUCGAGUGACGCUGGAAUUAAACACAACAAACAAACAAAAAACAACGUAAAACGUAAAAAAAAAAACCGGUACGUGCAACGCUUAAAUGACGCGACCAAAUUCAACGAGUGUGCGAUUGAACGGAGGUUUUCUAAUAUCACCGAGAGAGAAAGAGGGAAAAUUCGAGUGGAAUCAGUUUCAGGGGAUGCUGCUUCGGAAGCUUUUUUUGUUUUUGUUUUUUUUUUGUUUGGCCCCCGUUCGUUGUAGACAAAGCACGCACGCGCUAUGCGCUGUGCGCAUGUGCACGCGCUGUGCGGCACAGAGGCGACACACGUGCUAGUUGAUUGUCACGGUAUCGUCGACACAAAAUAAUGGUUGAAAUCAAUCGAGUAGAAUCUUCGUCGGACAGCGCGCGAGGUCAAUAUAUCUUUCCUCGUUCCUUGUUUUUUUGGCUUUUGCAUGUGAGUGAAAUGCAACGCUGACCGCGGAGAAUUCGUCAUUUCGAACACCGAUCAUGUUGCUUCAUUUUAUUUUCUUUCUUCUUCUUUUCCUCUCUUUUCCUCUCUUAUUUUGUUAUUUCGUAAGGUCAAUUAUUUAUUACCGCCGAGGCCGAAAGAACGAGGGCCUUAAAAUAUCAUCAGUUUAGUAAUCUGCAUCAUUAUAAUCAUGAUCAUGAUCAUGAUCAUGGAGGACUUGAUUUGUUUUUCUUUGAAAAAUGUGAAGGGCAUAAUCGAGAACGACGAGUGGGAUUGGGAGGGAGGCGUCCAAUGAAAUGUCUUUGUUGAUGACACCUGAAAAUGUCUGUCGAGAAAUGACGAUUCUGGCCCUGAAGAGGAAUGGGAUUCGUUGAGGGUGGAAUCGGCCGAAGGUGUGGAGUGGAGUCGGUACAAGUAGACUUAUUCAGUGAAUUUUACUCGUUUAACACUUUAAAAAUCAAACGUCAUUGUCUCUACUAUUGUUUCCAGCGAUAUGUUUCUCUUUUUUAAUUUUAUUACUUCUGUUUUUUCUGUUUAUAAUGGAAUUUUUUUAUUUAUAUGGUACCCCCCGCACUCUGUACCGGCUUCGGACGGUAAUUAUUUCGUCGGCAAGUAACAAGUAGUGUGCAUUAAUGAAGCCUAAAAUUAACAUUUAUUUUUUUCUGAUUAACAGCGCACCGCUAACUGCAGAUACAGAAAUUCAUUGUGAAAUCUUAUGGUACCAAUAAAUUUGAUUUGAAAUCU